CUUGGGGCGGGCUGCGGGGCUGUGCGGGGCGGGGAGGUCGCUGUCUCCGCCGCCCUUGAGCUGUUCCCGCCGCUGCUGGCCGGCUGGGUAGCAGGGAAAUGGGGGAUUAAACGCAGACUGCUUUCCUGCCCUGAAAAACUGGCCUGGCGCUUCAACUCCUCUGAGGCAGCAAUGUUAACUUGUCUCUAGGGAUCGGCUAAGGGCGUGUGUGAUGUCCGAGCCGGUAGUGAAGGAGAGCCCUGAGGGAGCGGGACGGCGAGAGGACUGUGAGGGCAGCUCCAAAAGAAGGAGCUGGGGGCUGUUGGUCACCGCCGGUGUCGGUGGGACCUUGGUGGCACUCUAUGCUGUGGCUACGCCUUUUGUGACCCCAGCUCUCAGGAAAGUGUGCCUGCCUUUUGUUCCUGCAACAUCCAGUCAGAUCCAGAAUGUGCUGAAAAUGUUAGAAAACAGAAGCGGCUCCCUGGUUGACAUUGGUAGCGGGGAUGGCCGUGUUGUGAUAGCAGCUGCAAAAAGGGGAUUCAAAGCUGUUGGUUAUGAAUUAAAUCCUUGGCUAGUCUGGUACUCCAGAUACCGUGCCUGGAGAGAUGGGGUACAUCAGAACACCAAAUUUUAUAUAUCAGACUUAUGGAAGGUUUCUUUUUCCCACUAUACAAAUGUUGUUGUAUUUGGGGUACCUCAAAUGAUGCCACAGUUGGAGAAGAAGCUAGAAGAAGAACUGGACUGUAAUGCCAGAAUCAUUGCCUGUCGUUUUCCUUUCCCUUGCUGGAUCCCAGAUCACACUACUGGAGAGGGAAUGGACACUGUGUGGGCCUAUGAUCUGAAACAUUCUAGAGGAUGUGAAGCAGAAAUAUUGGAAAUUAAAUCAGAGACAGAAUUCUAAGCAUCCAGUUUGGUUCUGUACUGAGAUUUUUGACUGUGAUUUCCUCUGUUAAGAUAGGAUUAACUUCAAUGGAGUCCUGGGAUAUGGAUAUACAUAUUCCCUGAUGUAACUGAAGCACACUGGUUAUCUGAAAGCACAAAGAGGGUGGUGAAACAUGUCGUUAAAUUGCUUAAUGAAGUUAGUAAAAAUUAUGAGAGUUUUACAUAAGUGGAAAACAUUAAUAUGCAAAAUGGGAUAAACCACAAUUCACUACUGUUAAGGGGAAUAAAUGUCUUAAGGUGAAAUGCUAAAAUCAGUGAACUUAAUUUGUGCAUUCUUUCUGGUCCUACAUAGCUUUUGUUACUGGUGUUGGAAGUGGUGUGUGAGUUGUGGCUCCCAAGUGUCUUCAUCAUGUUUGCCAAGUAGACAUAAUGUUGCAUGCAUCAAAUUGAUGCAGGUUGAGUAUGGUAAUGAUACCAGUGUUUUACACCUUCAGCGUUAGCAUUUUAAAGUUGAAUGUGAGACAACAAGCAAAUACAAUUUGUUUAUUAAUUUACACAAGUGCAGUCUUUGAUUUUGUCUUUGAUUUUAUCAAUAUAUUUUUCUUUACCUU